CUAGAUUAUUUGUAUAUAAAAAUAUCAAACUCCAGAAGGAACGUCGCUCUGGAUUCACAUAAUUUAAUUGCAUGUUGUUACAGUUAAUAUUCAUUGCAAAUGAUAGUGUAAAGCUCUCGGAACACUUCCGUAAACACAUAAAUGCUUUAUAUAUGUCCUCGCUGGUAGUCAUCGAGUAAAGGUCAGUAACCUGGAAAUCUCGUCUUAUCAGGAUCAAGGCAUUCGCGUGACCGAGUAAUUUGUCAUGGCUGAGGUGCAGAUUCGUCGCUACCGAGAAGAAGAUCAUGAAGAAGUAAAGGAGGUUUUUACUAUUGGUAUGAGCGAGCACAUCCCACCUUCCUGCAUGCACGUUCUCAAACAGCCCCUAGCGCAGAUGAUUCUGGGAUGUGUGUUUUGCGCUUUGCUGACCAGCUCAAAGUCCAUCCUUUUGCCUGUACUAGCAGUCACGCUGCUUUUGGCCGCAGGCCGUCAGUGUAUAAGUUACAUGUUCACUAAGUACAUUCAGACUAGCCUUGAUCAAGAUCUCAACCACAUUCAGCAGACCUACCUGGAUCCACCUAACGCCUGCUUCUGGGUGGCAGAGAGCCAAGGUCGUGUUGUGGGUACAGUAGGGUGUUUACCUGCAGCGAAAGACGAGAACUUCCUGGAACUGAAACGGAUGUCGGUUAAAAAGACUCACCGUGGACAAGGCAUUGCCAAAGCGCUGUGCCGUACGGUGGCAGACUUCGCUUGUGAACGUGGUUAUCUAGGAGUGAUGCUUCAUACCUCGGUGGUCCAGACGGAUGCACAGAAGCUCUAUGAGCACAUGGGCUACCAGAAGAUCAGAGAAUUUAGUGCUCCAGAGUUUAUUGCCAAGCUGACUAAUUUCACACUGAUAGAGUACCAAUUCAUCAUAAAACACGAUCACAACUGAAAUUGAGAUCUGCAAUUUCACUGAGCCCACCUUGCUAUUGAUGAACAGGCUUUUUAUCAAGUCACUUUUUAUAUUUUUUUCAAAUCACUAAAGAAGCACACCACUAUUAUCAUUUGUCUAUUUCUUAAUCAUUAACUUAAAAAUGGGAACUAUUCUUUUAUAAGAAACUGUUCAUAUAUGUGUAAAAAAUCUAUUUAUUGUAUGAGUUCAAAUUAUUGUUUUAAAAAUCUGAUUUACUUUAACAACCAUGAAUUGAAGCAAAACAAGGUGUCCAAAUCUUGUCUGAGCACCAUUAAUGUACCUGUCAAUGAAUGAGAAUGAAUAUUUAAUGAAUAUAUUCAAUAUUUGGAAGUGUACUUGAGGAAGAUGCUGUAUAGUCCUUCAGAUAGCUUGUUGCUAAAGAUCAUUUCAAUGUAUUUAUACAUAUAGCCUGUCCUCUUCUAAGAAAAAAACAGUGCAGUUUUCUAUAAAUGUAUUUGGUCAACAGAGGCAUUAGAUGUGAAUUUCUGUGAAACUGACUGAAGGUGUUUAACAGGAGCUGCGUGCAGUACGAAUGAUGUAAUACUUUUCCACCUCCGUAGCAUUGAUGUCGAUUACAAUGGCAGUGAGAAUGUAACAAUUACGUAUCUUUGUUAAUAGUUUAUGCUUAUUAACAAAAAACAUAAUCAUCUCUCCAGUAUUAUCAGAUGACCUAUAGUUGACCUUUUUCUGCAUUUUUGAUUGUCUUUGUGACUGAAUGAUUAAAUGACUCUAAACAUGUAAUGCAACAUCUGGAUAAAUUGCUUUGUUCUGAUAAGACCAAAUGUAAUUUGUUGUAAUGAGAUAAAUUAAUAAAACCUUUCUAAAAUGUA